CACGCACACGCGCGCGCACACACACACACACACACACAGCUGCAUCUCCUCGUCCACACUCAACAUUUCUACACUCUCUUUUCUCUGUGUGUGUGUGUGUCAGCUGGAGAACUUCAUGGUGACAAAUGGAGACCUUCAAUCAUCAACUGAACACUUACAUACAGUCAUGGAUGGGUCCCAGAGAUCAGCGGGUGAAGGGAUGGCUGCUGUUGGACAACUACCCACCAACCUUUGUGCUCACAGUCAUGUACCUUCUGAUUGUGUGGAUGGGACCCAAGUACAUGAAGCACCGGCAGCCGUACUCCUGCAGAGGCCUCAUGGUGCUCUACAAUCUGGGCCUCACGCUCUUGUCUUUCUACAUGUUCUAUGAGCUCAUUACUGUUGCGUGGUAUGGUGGCUACAACCUCUACUGCCAGAACACUCACAGUGCACCGGAAACAGAUAAUAAGAUCAUGAAGGUCCUGUGGUGGUACUACUUCUCCAAGCUCAUUGAGUUCAUGGACACGCUUUUCUUCAUCCUACGAAAGAACAAUCACCAGAUCACGUUUCUUCACGUCUACCACCAUGCCAGCAUGCUGAAUAUCUGGUGGUUUGUUAUGAACUGGAUAGCCUGCGGCCACUCGUACUUCGGUGCGGCCGUCAACAGCUUUGUCCACGUUGUGAUGUACUCGUACUACGCCCUCUCCGCCAUCCCAGCCAUAAGGCCGUACCUUUGGUGGAAGAAAUAUAUCACACAGUUUCAGCUGAUCCAGUUCUUUUUAACCAUGUUCCACACAUCCUGGGCUGCCAUUUGGCCGUGUGGCUUCCCCUCGGGGUGGCUGUACUUCCAAUUCACUUACAUGGUCUCGCUCAUUAUCCUUUUCUCAAACUUCUACAUUCAGACGUACAAGAAGCAAAGUAUUUUAAAGAAGGAGCAACAGAACGGCUCUGCUCUAUCGAGAAAUGGACAUGCGAAUGGGACACCGUCUACGGAGAGCACUGCACACAAGAAACUGAGGGUGGAUUGACAUUUGAGAAGCCGUCACUCGAAGCUCACUGUAGUGUGUUAGCUAAUGCUGCUAGAGGGUACAUGAACCUUCUUAUCUAGAAGAGUCUAGCAUUCACCAGAGAUAGAAAAGCCAUACCCAGAUGUAUACAGAGACUGUCCCUGUUUCCGCUCACUCUGCUACACAUGGCAGUGAAUAAUGAAGUUGUUGUAGUUAAAGGACAAGAGAUUUGUAGUAGGGCUGGGUUUAAAAAAAGAUUGUUUGAAUUCAAAUAGAUUCUAAAUGAUAUGAUAUCAAAUUAUAAAACUAAGCCAUUUCAAAUAUUGAAACGAGACAAAAACAAAGCCAUAUGUAAGUUAGAAAUAUGUAAAGAAAUAUCCAAGUGCUAAAAACUGGAGUUGGUUUAGCUGACCUGUUUUUAGCACUUGCAUGACCUAGAUGGAUGAGAAUCUCCACCGACAUUUACAGAAAUGAAAGAAACACCACAAAUCUCCAAAACCAUUUCUUAAGAAAUCCACUAAAUAUGCAAAAAUAUGCAAUUGUCACUGGAGACCCACAAAACCCACCGGAGACGCUAUUUGCAAUAAAUGUUCCACCCAAUUCUCUGCGUGCACAAUUAGGUAUGUGUUAUUUACACUGGCUGCCUGGUGAUGUGCUUUAAACGUUGCUGUUUAUAAUACACUGAACAUAUGUACACAUGGUUUUUAAUGCAAUAGAUUUGUUUACCUGCAGUAAAGAAAGCACUUAUUAACACUCGUCGGUCAUGUAAACAUUAACAUUUUUAAAAAUGCACUAGGUUCCUUGUACAAUUCACAGCAUCAAAUCAAUUUGGUGUGUUAUGAAUUGGAUUUGAAUAGAGUAGCGAUACCCAGUGCUAUAUUGUAGAAUGUAGUCCCUCCUCAGGAAUAAAAUAUCUUGUAUACAUACUGCAAUAGAUACAUUCACUCAUUCAAUGAUGCUUUACACGCAGAUCGUCCAAAGAUGAGAGCUCCAGUAGCUGUGUUUUAUUACAUUCAGUGACAUCAACCAAAGGGACAAUUAAAGCAACACAGUGCUUAUGGUCCUUCAUUUGUAACUAGAGCAUGUAUCUUGUGUCUUGCCUUAUCUUAUUCCUGCCUGUGCUGUUACAUAAUCCUGAAUUUUGCCCUGUGUAAAACUGAAAGGCCUUUCUAUCGCAGGUGGUACCAGCGGAAGUUGCAUUUUGCUGUAUAUUUGCAGUGCAGGGUGUCCAGUUUGGAAUAUAGAGCCAUUCAACCAAAGCAUAGUAUGUGCAAUGAUUUGUUUCAAGACAGAAUAUUGGUUGUUGUAGUUUAUGAGCACAAUUUAAACGCCAGUCCACAUUAACACCCCCAUCCACAGUGUUAUGUCCACUGCAGCUUUAUCCAGUAAAUUAGUUUACAACUUGAAUUCACUGAUAUGAAUUAUUUAAUUCAUAAGAAGCGAAACCUAGUAGGUCUGCGAUGUAAUAGUAGAUUAAUAGUAACUAUUUAGGUAUCAAAUUUAUCAGGCCAGUAUAAUCAUACUGAAUAAUUCAUCAAUGAAUACUCAAAUACAUUAUACACAAAGAAAUGGUUGAUUAUGUCACAUUAUGGAUCAUAGCCACAAGGUCCAUUUAGUUGAUGCUUUGGAGCCUUUACUUGUCACAUUUAACAACAGAUUGAUUUUUCCCAGGUGUCAUUAAAAUGUGACUGCAUGUUCUGAGGAAGAUCACGUGUUAGAAUCAAAAGCUCCAGAGCAGCAACUAAAUGGACCUCAAACAUAGUGGAACAGUUUUGUCAAAUACUGUUGUUUUUUUUGUUUGUAUGUUUGUUUUGGGUUUAUUUUUUGAGGCUAUAUGUUAACAGGGUGCCUUCUGGACCAGUUGAUUUAGUUUCUAAUGUAGCAUCUUUUAUCUUUUCAAUAUUCUAAACACAUGUUGGUCCAUUUCAGAAUAAUAAGCUAUGCGUUGGAUGUCCUGUUCAAAUCCUGUGCCUAACUCUUUAUUUUCCUUUUUGUCUUUUUUUUUAUUGUCUCUUCAAAAUGUUCUAAAUGCUCAUUCUGUUAAACUGGCACAUACUAAACACAACAGCGACGUGUAUCUCAAGUUGAAGGGAUCGUUUUACAAUUGAAUUAGAUAAGAAUAUCAAUACCACUUUCAUAUAUGAUGAGGUAUGAUGGUUUUCUCACCUACUGCUCAGAAAGAAAGUGAACAAUCAACAUGUCAGAUGAUUUCUUAAACAUUACUCUUUAAAAAGGGCACAGUUUCUCAUGUUAGGCCGUUAACACGAUUGUUUUGUGAAGUAAAAACAAUAGUCGUUUAAUGAGAAUGUUUUUUAUGGGUACUUUUAUUUUCCUUUCAGGGACCUGUUGUACGCAGUAAAGGGUGGCAGAGAAAACAAAGAUGUUUGAAUUAUGAACUGUGAAUCUGACACCCUGGCCGUGACCGCGUUGCUCGACCAAGCUGAUUGAAUUUAAUGAGACUGUGUGGCCUUAACCACUGAAUGAGCAUGACAUGUUUCUCAAAUGCACACGUGACCUACUUUCAUGUUCGCUGCAUUUGAAAAUAAUCUGAGUAAUACAUCCAGAGCCACAGUUUCUCUGUAUGAUCAAUCUGGUCCACUAAUAUGUUCAGAUUACACAAAUUUGGUUUGACAAACAAGGACCAUUUCUACUCAGAAAUUUAACUAGAGGUCAUUUUGUUGAAUUUCCAUAUACAUGUCAUCUGGCUCGUGUGCCAGGUGAAAGUGGUGAAGCUAAUAUUUAAGAGCAGGAUUGGUAAUUCAAUGAAAAAGCGAAAAACAUACAGGUAUCAGGUAUAUUGAAUAAAUUUUAUAUAAUAUUAUAAUUAUAUUUUUCUGAAAUCUGGGAUAAGUAGGUUGACAUGUUGUAACUCAUGAUUUAUUCUAUUUUAAUGCAUUAAAACCCGAUUGUAAAGCU